AGAGCGACACCGCCCUGAGUCCGGAAAGAGGAACGAGCCGUCUUCCGUUUUCUCCCCCAAGCCGGAAGUUGAAGUGGCGAGUCGCUCCAGCCCAACCCAGUGGCCUCUCCCCGACCUCCCUGUGAGCCUUUGCGCUCCAGCUCUCUGGCUCUGCCUUGACCAAAGUUCUCCCGGCGGGCUUUGCGGCCAAAGUUCUCCCGGCGAGCUUUGCGGCCACUCAGGCCAAGGGAUGGCGGCGGCGGGGGCUCCUGGACUGGCCGCUCCUUCGGGGCCGGGGAGCCCGGUGGGUCCCGCUGCCAGAGACCUCUUCGCGGAAGGCCUGCUCGAGUUUCUGCGCCCGGCUGUGCGGCAGCUGGACGGCCACGUCCAUGCAGUCAGGGAGAGUCAAGUGGAGCUACGAGAACAUAUCGAUAGUCUGGCCACAGAGCUUUGCCGGAUCAACGAAGACCAAAAAGUAGCCCUCGACCUGGACCCUUACGUCAAGAAACUGCUCAAUGCCCGCCGCAGAGUCGUCCUGGUGAACAAUAUCUUGCAGAACACGCAGGAGCGUCUGAGGAGACUCAACCACAGUGUGGCCAAGGAGACAGCCCGCAGAAAGGCCAUGCUCGAGGCGACUGGAAGUUACCCGCAAGGUUCCCCCAGCAAGUGAGGACCAGACCAGGGCGCCGCUUCCGGCAAGUGGAGAGAUGCCGUCAGCUGGUUUCGGGACCGCAGUUUUCUUGCUCGCGGGUGCUAAGCAGCUUGGAUUGACUGGAGGGGGAUCACACUGGAGUGGGGGGACCCGGAGAGACAGCACUGGCCCAGGAGGCUGCAUAGAGUUCACUGAAGGAUUCAUCCAGAGCCUCGCAUGUGAAGAGGCAGCAUCAGUUACGCUUUUCUGCAAGCCGCGCAGCAAUGUGGAGUUAGUGCAGUUAUGGCUUUGGAGAGUGUUAAGAAUGCUUGAUGCCAGUGCAAUAAAAAAACACCACUAAUCCCUACAA